GUGGCACAGGAUAUUACUCUUGCAUUUUUUAAUGGUUUAGAUCGAGUUACAAUUGCAUUUACUGUGGAGCUGCUCCUGGAGGUCCUGCAAAAGAGAAGCAUUUUGUCUUGUUUAUGUCUGUCCUAGGUCAGAAUCUGUUGUUUUGCUUUUAACAGUUUGAACAGCUACUCACUUAUCAGCACGGUAGAAAAAGGUAGCAAAAAAACACACACCACACCAGAAGCAAAAUUUUAAUCGUCAGAAUGGCAAAGGCUACAGCAACGAAGACGCCACCUCUCGCAGCGGCCCUGUUGCUGCUUGCUGCCUGGCGCGUGACAAACACGAUGGCACUGCAGAUGCAGAUGUUUCGGUAUAAUAACAUGAGCAGAGGUUUGAGGGCGUUUUUGCAGCCCCCAGAACAUCAUCCGCGAGAUGUUGAAAUCCCAGGGUACACGUACAACAGCCGUGGUUCAGUUCCGUACAAUUACGAUAGCAAUGCCAGCAGCAGCAGGGAGCCUUACGUGGACACCUUGGAGCGGCAGACGCAACGAGAGCGGGUGCGGAACGCUUUUCUUCGGGAUGAAACGACUACGGCAGCACGACUAGAGGCCCACGCAACGCCGGCGUUGGAACCAGAUGACCAUUCACUUUCCUCAGGUCAUGAUGACCUGGGAGCAGCAGAUGUUGACCACGGAGUAGUAGAUGAACAUGGUUUAAUAUUACCCACGUAUGACCGCCUGGUCCGCGAGUAUUGCAAUCUUUCCAACGAGGACAUUAUGACCACGACGUGCCAAGAGGACGAUGUACAAGAACACCGUGCGCAUUCUACUUCCAACGCCUUCGAUCCGGACCAGCCAGCGUAUUUCGCGGGGGGAGUCACUGCUACAACUGCCGGAAGCUGCAGCAGUGUCGUGCCACGUCCUGUUUUUUUGCCACGUGGUCCUCCUCCUUCAUCGUCAGAUGGUCCUGUAGUAAUCGCGCAGCACAACUUCCCUCGGCAGGAGACACGAGGAAGCAGUGGUGCAUCAACAUCUUUGCCACCGGCGGCGGAAGCCGCGGCCUUGCCCGAUUAUGUGUUCCAGCACGACCACUAUCGGCCACAGGGGUCGUUCGGUGACCGUGAUCCACAGGAGUGCCAGCACUACAGCACUGGGCCGCGAGGCCCGAAGUGGCCGAGUCGCGGUAAUAAAUUCCGCGGAAACAACAACAAGUUAAACCGUGAUGCUAAAUUCCGUUGCGGCGAUUCUACUAUUUGUACAGCUGGCCGCAGCGACGUCGCUGGUACUAGUUCUAGUGGCCCCUCCAAAAUGAAGUGCGACGAAGCCAGAGACACGGUUCUCUCGCUAGAAGCGGGCGCGGCGCUUAUUGAGAGGAAAAAUUCCCCCUCCCCAUAUCGCAACGAAGUUUCUGAUGCUGGAUUUGCGUACACAUAUCAGAUCUGUCUUGCAGAAAGUGCUUGGUGGCAUUUUCUGACCCUGUUUGGGUAUGCAGAAGGCUAGCAAUUGCGCAUGGCAAACAGGUUUGUAGUAGUCGAAAGCGCAUGACAGACUCGCUCUGAAAUGCGACGUCAAAUGGCUCCUAUGAGCCUGCAGGCAAGACAAAGACGAUUUGUGACCACAAAUCAGCAUCACAAAUUUCCGUUUUGAUAUGGGGAGGGGGGAUUUUUCAUUUUGAUAGCGCUGCGGGAUUUCGUCGAUGAGUACAAAAAGCAACCGGCCUUAAUGCAGGCGCUGGACAGGAAAAUGGCGAAUUACGAAUCGACCGUUUCAGAAAUGGAGUAUGAACGGAAUUUUAUCCUCCUGAAAUCAAUUGCCCUCGACUUGAAAAACCCAAAGCUGGAGUUGCGGCUGUUUAAAUUCUAUCAAAUUCAAAAAUGUCUGGGUCUGGAAGGUUCUAAACUUGUAUAUGCUGUCUCUGGAUUCUGAAAAAAUUUGUAUUGCAAUGCAAUACAUGCGCAAUACAAGUCAUGCAGCAUGACCAGCAGGAGAACUCCAAUUUGUGCUACGCGGAGAGGGCAUUUCUCAUGCGGCAGAGGCAUCACAAAGUCCUCUAAAAAUUUGUGAUGCUAGGGCAUGCAUCGCAGACAUCAUGGGUCAUUCAAAAUAUGCAUGACAAACCUGGUAAUCUUCUAGACCCCGACAUUUUUGCAUUUGAUAAAUUCAUGGCCAUGCAGCCGCUUUUGGACAUCGACUGCCGGAAGUUCCAGCCCGGGGAAUACUCUGGAUAUGCGGCGGACACGGUGGUGGUUAGUUUCCCGGUCGGACUUCAUCUACUUCCUGGCACGACCUCCCGGCCAGACUCGGAUUUCCUUUACACACUGACCGUGGAUUUGAGAACCAACGAGAAAUGGUUUCGCGACGAUUACCGCUGGACGGUGUGAACGUCAAAGGUUUAUAAAACGAACAAACGUGGGCAGUGCCAACAUCUAUGAAAAACUGCGAAUUUUGGCGACUUUGAAAUUUUUUUCGGACACCUGCAGCUGCUGUCCGCCCGUUGGAAUACUUAAUUUUGAGCUCGCGGAUGGUUGUUAUGCUUAUGUUACAUCCUCGUAAUAAAAAUUCUCAAUCGCACUACUCACACGAUAUAGAAGCAGCUCAAAUUUUGGCAAGAGGUGCUGGACACAGUUCCUAUUAUUUGCAAAGCGGGAGGGAAAAAAUUACGGUGCGAGAGACAGGGCCCUCUCUUCAUGCGGGAAAAUCCAC